UAUUUGUCCAAACAGGAGUACAUUCUUGUGUGCAAGAGGUUAACAUGGAGAAACACUGGUCUGCUGUUUGUGCACUGAUUUUAACACUCGGUGCAUUUGUGCACUUUAACAUAGUUUUUGCUGCUGAAGCUGAUGGCAUUUUACAAGUGAUUCUUCCAAAACCAGGACACUGCCCACGUCUCCUUAAUGUUGUCCCAUCACAUAAGGGCUGUGUGUGUGAUGAAGACUGUCCCGCAGACCACAAAUGCUGUGUCUUUGACUGUGGAGCUGUCUGUGUCCCUCCUGCUUUCACCAAGCCAGGAGUGUGUCCUCGCAGGCGCUGGGGCGCAGGGCUGUGUGCAGAGUUUUGCUCUAAUGACAGUGACUGCCCCAAUGAGGAGAAGUGCUGCCACAAUGGAUGUGGACAUGAGUGCAUUGCACCAUACACAGUGAAGCCGGGCCGCUGUGCUCUGCCCCAGGGAACACCCAUGUGUGCUGAGUACUGCUAUCAUGACGGUCAGUGUCCAGGAGAGCAGAAGUGCUGCAAGACAACCUGCGGCCACGCCUGCAGUGAGCCCUGCUGAUUGGACGGUCAGCGACUCAGCUACAUCUGUGCACUUGUUUGGUUUCAGCUACACGGGAUGAGAAAUGUUCUAUCAUGUUCACUUUUUCUACUUUUAAACUACAUAGUAGCACACUUUGGUGCAACAUUUUUGAGCAUUGGUUUGCACAAAGUCUAAUUAAGUCAUUUUAUGUGCCUGUACUUUAAGUACAUACAAAAAUCAGUUUUUACAUUUUUUUUUUUUUUUUACCAAUACUUUUUCUGAUUAUGCUUUCCAAGCUACACUUGGAAAAGCAAUAACUGUAGAAUAGCCAGCUGUUGUGUUACUAUGACACAUGCUGGAAAAUAUUUGGUAAGGUGCCAUUCAUAGUAUUCUUAAGAAGACAGUGUGCAGUGUGUUUGCAUUUCAACUUGACGAGUUUACAACUAAGUAUUUCUGUACGAGUAGUAAAACUGUAUAUUCUGAAUGGAUUCAAAUAAUGUACUGUACUUAUAUAUCUGUUGCUUUUAAGUGACAUUUCUUUGUAUUUUAAGCAUUAAACAUGUUUGGAGAA